CUCCAACAACCACGAACCCCUCGCUAUUCACCCCCUUUGCCGUCUUCGCAAUGGACAGACGCACUCCUUAUACUCUGAGCGUUCUUGCGCCCAGUACAGAUGGCGCUGAAGAGUCUCGCACACAGAUCCAAGCCCGAUUGCGGGAGUUUGUGUUGGAAUUUCAGCUGGAUAAUGCAUUUAUUUAUCGAGACCAGCUCCGACAGAAUGCCCUUGUGAAACAGUUUUUCUGCGAUAUUGACAUUGCACACUUGAUUUCCUAUAAUGAGGAGUUGGCACACAAGCUCACCACUGAGCCCGCGGAUAUCAUUCCUCUGUUCGAAGCUGCUCUUCAACAAUGCACCCAAAGAAUUGUCUUUCCUUCGCAAAGAGACAUUGUGCUGCCAACACACCAACUCCUCCUUCACUCUUCCGCCUCUCACAUCUCUAUCCGUGACCUCAAUGCAACCAACAUCUCUCAUCUCGUUCGUAUCCCUGGAAUUGUGAUUGGUGCAUCGACAAUUUCAUCCAAAGCAACGCUUGUGCAUAUUCGAUGCAAGAGUUGUGAUCACAGUGACAAUAUCCGGGUUGAUGGUGGUUUCUCAGGCUUGUCAUUGCCCAGACGCUGUGGCCGUGAGCAGCAGCCUGGAGAUGUACCCGGUGAACAGUGCCCAUUGGAUCCUUAUGUGGUAUCUCACGAGAAGUGUCAAUUCGUGGAUCAGCAGGUUCUCAAACUCCAAGAAGCCCCCGAUCAGGUCCCUGUGGGAGAACUUCCCCGCCAUGUUCUCAUCUCGGCAGACCGGUACUUGGCCAACCGCGUGGUUCCCGGUUCUCGUUGCUCAGUGAUGGGUAUUUUCUCCAUCUACCAGGCUAAAGGCGGGAAGAAGGACGCUGCAGUAGCCAUCCGUAACCCCUAUUUGCGAGCAGUUGGAAUUAGCACCGACCUCGAUCACACUGUCAAGGGUGCCGCCAUUUUCUCCGACGAAGAAGAGCAGGAGUUUUUGGAAUUGAGCCGUCGGCCCGACCUGUACGAAGCGGUUGCCCGGAGUAUCGCCCCGUCCAUUUACGGAAACCUGGAUAUCAAAAAAGCCAUUGUCUGUCUGUUGAUGGGUGGUUCCAAAAAGAUUCUUCCUGACGGGAUGAAGCUUCGUGGUGAUAUUAACGUGCUGCUUCUUGGUGACCCCGGUACAGCAAAGUCUCAGCUGUUGAAAUUUACCGAAAAGGUGUCCCCAAUCGCCAUCUACACUUCCGGUAAAGGUUCCUCGGCAGCCGGUUUGACCGCUUCUGUUCAGCGUGACCAUGCAACUCGCGAAUUCUACUUGGAAGGAGGUGCAAUGGUUCUUGCCGAUGGUGGUGUGGUGUGUAUUGAUGAGUUCGACAAGAUGAGGGACGAGGACCGAGUCGCCAUCCACGAAGCUAUGGAACAACAAACCAUAUCCAUUGCCAAGGCCGGUAUCACCACCAUUCUCAACUCGAGAACAUCCGUCCUGGCGGCCGCCAACCCUAUCUUUGGUCGAUACGAUGACUUGAAGACUCCUGGAGAGAACAUUGAUUUCCAGACUACUAUCCUGUCACGUUUUGAUAUGAUCUUCAUCGUUCGCGAUGACCACGAGCGUGGUCGUGACGAGAGCAUCGCUCGGCACGUCAUGGGCGUGCAUAUGGGUGGUAGAGGUAUUGAAGAGCAGGUCGAGGCAGAGGUUCCAGUGGAAAAGAUGAAGCGGUACAUCAGUUACUGCCGAACUCGCUGUGCCCCCCGCCUCUCCCCAGAAGCUGCCGAGAAGCUUUCAUCGCACUUUGUUUCCAUCCGAAAGCAAGUGCACCGCGCCGAAAUGGACGCUAAUACCCGUUCAUCCAUUCCCAUCACCGUCCGUCAACUAGAAGCUAUUGUCCGUAUCACAGAGUCCCUGGCCAAACUAUCCUUGUCGCCGAUCGCCACAGAGGCGCACGUCGACGAAGCCAUCCGCCUCUUCUUGGCCUCGACCAUGGACGCAGUUACCCAGGGCGAGGGCCAGGGCAGCAAGGAAAUGAUGGAGGAGGUUAACAAGAUCGAAGACGAGCUGAAGCGCCGACUUCCCAUCGGCUGGAGCACAAGUCUGGCCACUUUACGACGUGAAUUCGUCGAAGGACGAGGAUACACCGAGCAGGCUCUUAACCGCUCGCUGCUGGUUCUCCAGCGGAGAGAUACUAUACAGAUCCGGUCUGGAGGAUCACAAGUAUACCGCCAUGGAGUUUGAUUUGUUCUUUUGUUUUCGUUUUGACGACAUGACGCUUACAUAUACCAUGUAUGUGCUAUGGGCAUUUGAUUUCUGAUUAUCUCUACCGUUGGGAGAUUGCAUGUAUUGCCUGGUCUGGGGUGUGUGUUUCUGUCAGUUUGAAGCUUGGGCAAGCGGGAUUGAAUG